GAAUCCUUAUAUUACAUGUAAAGCUUCCAAGUGAUAUAGACUUGAAUUUUUUUCCGUAUUAUAACUUUAACCGGCUUAUUGUUUAAAAUAAACAGGUUAAAGAAGCCUGUAAUUUAGGAUUAAAUGGAACAGGGAGCAAAUGAAGUUCAUGCUGAUGAUGAAACAGAAUUUCCGGGCUCUAAGACUGUUUCUAGAAUAAUAAACUCUGUAACAAGAUCAUUCCAACAUAUCUGGGGCUCUGACAUUGAACCUCCAGUCUGGGAUGAGACUGAUGAAUAUGACUUUAACCAUCCAUGCCGAGGGACCAUGAUUGUUUUCAACAAUGAGCAUUUCAAGGGGCAUUCCUCAAGGCCAGGUUCCAGUGUGGAUGCUGAUAAUCUUUACAAAACUUUCACAAAGCUGGGAUUCAGUGUUACCUGCCAUCAUAAUCAAACAAGAGAUCAGAUGAUUCAUAUUCUUAAAAAAGUGGCUAAAAGUGAUCACAGUAAAGCUGAUUGUUUUGCUUGCGCUAUAUUGUCACAUGGUGAUGAAGUCCAUGUAGUAGAUGACAACGAUCCUGGUAGACAUGUUAGAGAAGAUUUAGUCUAUGCCACUGAUCAAAUUAUACUCACCAGAGAGAUAGUUAACAUGUUCACUGAUAAAAAAUGUAAAACAUUGCAAGGGAAACCAAAACUUUUCUUUAUGCAGGCAUGUCGAGGUUCAACAUUGGACUCUGGUGUAAAUUUAAGUGUUAUGGAAGACGAGGUGGAUGCCAUUGUUGCUGAAACUAUAGAAGUCACACCAAGUCCAAUAUACAAAGACUUUCUUUUGAUGAAUGCCACUCCCCCAGGUUACUAUGCUUUUCGUCGUCCUGACACUGGCUCCUGGUUUGUCAGAGCUUUGUGUGAGAUCCUAUCACACCCAAAUGCAGGGAACCAGUCACUCAAUCAACUUUUGACCUCUGUGAUCCGGCUUGUGUGCCAGCAGUACCAAUCUCAAUCUACGAAUCUCAAAAUCUCAGGGAAGAAACAGACACCUUGUUUUAUGUCUAUGCUGGUUAAAGACGUAUACUUCAGGCCUACAGGGAGAUCACUUGAUAAAGCUGACCAAAAAUAGGAAAGUCUACUUCAAUCUAGUCCACUCCAAUUGUUAAGAGUGAUAAUUGUUAAGUUCGUUUGUGGUUUUUUUUUGGUUUUUUUUUUAAAGAAAAAUGUUUGAUGAAUGAUUUCUGCUAUGUUUUCCUAACCUUUUGCACUUUGCCAACAAGAUAGAAAGAUAGAUUUUUUGUAUCUUUUUGUUCAUUUGGGGCCAUUUAUUUGUUAGUUUUUUGUGUUUUUUUUUUCAGUGGAUGUCAAUUGAAAUAUUUGUAGUUAUGGUGGGAUACCAAAAUGGUAGACUAGCAUAGCAGAAAUCAUCCAUCAAAAAUAUGGACUUUUUUCUACUUUUCUAUAAACCAGUGAAAUAUAGCACAACAUUCCCACUAAUUUUGAAUACUAGUACCAGUGUGUGACAAUCUGCAAGGUAUAACCCUUAUAUAUUGUAAAAUUAAUUUUUUUAUUAAAUUUACUGCACACAUUAAUGAUUUAGGCACUACGAUAAAAAAAAAUAGUUUAAAUGCAUAAUUUGAAAUGUAAAAAGUUGUAUUCUGGCUUUGAGGUUAUAAAACUUUUCAGUCUUAAAUCUCAGGAUUUUCAUUGGUCAAUGUACAUUCUGACGAAUCAAAAACCUGAGAUUUGAGUUUGACCUGGAAGAAUUUCUUUUUAACCUUGGAUCCUGACCUUUUAGAAAUGACUGUCAAUGAAGCGAUUUUAAAAUGGAAGUUUUGUACAGAUUACAUUGAGUUAUUAGAUGUAUUUUGACCUGAUGAAAGGAACUAUAACUGUGAUAGUGCAUUGUGAUCUGUGUUUUAUGGGAACAAAUAUUUCUACCCUUUUAAAAUGUUUUACCUUGUUUUG